AUGGAGGAAGGUGCUCAAGCUACCCCGCGCCACUUCCUCAUUUUGAACAAUGUGCAGAAGAACAAGAACAUCAAGAACAUGCUGGUGAGCGCGUCAGCCUUUGGAGUGAAAGAGGUACUCGUUGUGGGGCAGAAGAAGUUCGACUUGCAAGAGCAGGAGCCAUUUUUGAGCUCCUUGAGCUGCCGGGUCACGCGUGUGGCCACUCUCAAGGACUGUAGAGCACUCUGCCAGGAGCGAGGUAUCCGUAUUGUGGGCGUGGAGAUCAUGCACGACGCCAAGAGCAUUGCAGACCAACCGUUCAGCGGUGACACAGCCUUCAUUAUGGGCAAUGAAGGCAGCGGCAUGAACUCGGCGCAAGUAGCCAUUUGCGAUGACUUUGUCUACAUCCCGCAAUAUGGAGGCGGCACCGCCUCGCUCAACGUGACCGUCGCGGCGUCCAUUAUCUUGCAGAGCUUCGCCUUAUGGGCCAAGCUGCCUUCUGCAGAGCGCAGCGGAGCGUAA